UUUUUCUUCAAUGGAGUGUCCCAGAUAAAAGCCGCGGAAGGAGUUUAAUCAAGAAGCGCCCACAUCAAAAUAUGCAAGAAAGCUGUAUCUCAGGAAAUACCCUUCGCAAAUUUUUUUUAUUGUUUUCAUCUCAGUUUAAUGGCCAUUCACCAUUCUCAACCUCUCCCCACUGCGUCAACAUAUCUUAGUAUUGGCCCAUGCAAUUGUUGCCACCUUUUCGAGCCUUUUUCCAGCCCUGUUUCCUAUUCCACAAGAGAAAUGCGAUGAGAAUGAUCUUUCCGGCUCGGCUCAGACCACCACAGCACUUUCAUCAGAAGUUGCAAAGAGAAAAAUGAGCAUGAAGAAAGCGGGCGAUUCCCAUUAGCGAGCCUCUGCAGUAAAGGAAGGACAACAAUACCAACUAAGAAACUAACAGCAAGUUCCUGUAAUGGGUUUUUGGUAAUAUAUAGAAAGUGUAUAUAUAUACCCAUUGCCCUGCCCUCAAACCUGCUUGUCUGUCUGGUCAUGAUCCUCAUCACGUCUCAAUCAUUUUGACAAUUCUGCUUGCAUUGCAACAACGCCCGAAACUCACAGCAUCACAGUAACCAGAAAGUAUGAUGUCUGUUCCGCCCAAUCAACACCCUCCACAGGCGCUGCCAAAUCCAGACAACCCAUUCGAUCCAGCUGUAAAUCACUGGAUGUAUUCCUUCGUGCAGAAUCAUUUCCAAGCGUGGAAAUUAGGCAUUGCCCUAGUCAAAAAACAGUCAGACGAAAAAAGAAGAUUAGGCUCACGGAGAGUAGGGCUUCACAGAGGCGCGGAUGAAUUUCUUUAUUUCCUUGUCGAGCCGCGAGGCCAACCGGAGAAUGAUGAACGAACAUCAUCCAGUUUUUGGUCAUGCGGAGAGGAACCAGGGAUUUACCAUAAUCAAUAUGAAAUCACUCCGACAAACUAUCCCGGCAUCUUGCGUGGGAGCUUUUUCAGCGUUGAGGACACCAUCUGGAUUUUGAACACUAGCACGCUUCCUCGCACCGGAAAAUAUUCGCCCGCUCGAAGGGCAAUCCACCUUAGGCGCAUAUACUCCUUAGCUAGGCGAAAUCACGACGACCUGAGCUGCCAUCUCAGUCAAGUUCGCUACAUGGUUAUUACAAAUAUUCCUCUUGAAGAAUUUACGAGCCGACAGGUUAUUGAGGACGCAAUUCAAUGGAUAUCUCACAUUUAUGGCCCCUUGGACGUGAGCAUAUUCAAGUUUGUACCAAACUACCCGUCAGGGAACCAUGAAAGACAGAUCGAGGAGGAUACUAUAUUCUAUACCCUGCUUGGAACCGAAGUUAUGAUACCGAUCAUGGAAUUUAUAUACCAUGAGCUGCGCUGGACUAAUUGCUUGGGCGUAACUGCUGUUGACAUUGCUGUCUACCGAGAUCGUCCCCAACCACGAUAUGAUCUCCGCGUGACCAUCGAGUACGGUCCGCUGCCUUAGAGGAAAAUAUUUUCUUUCUUAGAAUCAAUCCUUCAGAUCCCAAUCUUUAGAGUCCUAUCCAUUAGCAUCACUUAUCUCCUUUUUUUUCUUACUCGUCUCUUCUACUAUUUGUUUUUCUUCCUGUCUUCUUCCCCUAUUUUUUAUAAUUUCUUUGUUAGCAACCUUUCUUACUCAUCUAAUCUAUGCUUUGUUUCCCCCCCCCCUCUCUUCUCUUUUAUUUCCCCCGCACUUCUUAGUGAGGAGAUAAAUAUUAGGAUUUUUUUGGGUUUAUUAGUUCCCUUUGGAGUGUCUAUCUUCUUCAUCCUACUUUCUAACCAAAUGUGAUUUGCUAUUUAAGAAUAAGGUUGAAUAGAAGUGCAACGAAGCGAUAAAUGGUCAUGAUAGAUCUCUACAGAUGGUCAUUACUUGGCCAACGGGUGAAGGAGUAAAUUAGAAAUAUUCCCAAUAUAAGGACAAAGCGAGAGCAGAAAUAAAUGAAUUAUUGCGAAGGAAAAAAAAAAAAAAAAAAAAA